AUGGUCGGUCCCUUUGCAGCACCUCCCUUCACUACCUUCCGCAUUAAUCCCAUAGGCAUCGCUACCCGCAAGUAUUCUGGUAAGAAACGCCUUAUUAUUGAUCUAUCUGCUCCCCGGGGCAGUUUCACUCGCAGCAUCAACUCCCUCAUUUCAAGCGAGGAGUUCUCUCUUCAUUACAUUAAGCUAUCAGACGCCAUUAAUUCUAUCAAGGUCGCAGGUCACGGAGCCUGGCUUGCCAAAGCCGAUAUUUCUGACGCAUUCAAGGUUAUGCCUAUUCACCCUUCCCUUUGUCAUCUUUUUGGAGUCUGCUGGGCAGACAAGUUUUAUUUUUCCACCCAGCUCACUUUUGGUUGCCGCAGCAGCCCAAAAAUAUUCAAUUCUUUGUCAGAAGCCCUCUGCUGGAUUUUGCUCAACAUCUAUCGUGUUCCCUUCCUUCUCCAUCUCUUGGACGACUUUCUGCUCACCUCCCACCCUUCAGAUCCUCCAGCCCAAGCAAUUAAUCAGCUUAAAACCCUCUUCUCAUCACUCGGUGUCCCCUUCUCCAAAGAAAAAACCAUAGGCCCCGUCAACUCUCUGGAAUUCCUCGGCAUUACUCUUGACACAGUGAAAUUCGAAGCCAGUCUACCUUCUGCCAAACUCCAACGUAUUCUCUCACUCAUUAACUGUUUCCAGAUCUCCUCUACUAUUAAGAAGCGUGACCUCCUCUCUCUCCUUGGUCAUUUCAACUUUGCCAUCUGCAUCAUUCCUCAGAGCAGAACAUUUAUUUCACGUCUUCUAGCCCUCUCAUCAUCUGCCAAGAACCUGAAUCCCCACAUCAAAAUCCCAGCUGAGGCCAGAAAAGACAUAGAGAUGUGGAUUAAUCUCCUUUCUAACUGGAACGGCCUCUCUCUAUUCUAUGAUGACUUCAUUUCAGCUCCUCACGAUCUCGCCCUCUUCACUGACGCCUCAUCCACUGGAUUCAGCGGCUUCCAAGGAUCAGAAUGGUUCUUCAGCGCUUGGCCUCCUGAAAUUCAGACCCUUCUCCCUCAAGAGAAAUCCACGGCUCUCCUAGAAAUAUAUCCAAUCGUAGCUGCCGCCCUCCUCUGGGGUCACCAAUGGUCAAGAAAAUCAAUUAUUUUCUUCAGUGAUAACAAACCCACAAUGCACAUCAUAAAUAAAGGGCGUUCUUCAUCUCCCCUCAUCAUACGGUUGCUUCGCCGUCUCAUAUGGACUUCUGUAUCUUUUAACUUCUUAAUACAAGCCCGCCACCUUCCCGGUACCCAUAAUAACGCUGCCAACACUCUCUCUCGCCUGCAGGUAUCCAAGUUCCGUCAUCUGGUUCCAACUGCUUCCCCAGCCCCUCUCCAAUCCUCUCAGUUUUAUCAGCUGUUACUAGAUUGA